AUGGACGACAAACUCGACGAUUCACCACAAGAAUCUUCAAACCAUACAAGACAUAGCAACUACCAGAAAGGAGAUGACAUAUCCGGGAGCAGCCAUAAUGGCUCGCCGCAAUUUCAAUCAAUCGCCCCAAGAAACAUCGCGCACCUCCACCGCCUAGCAUCACUUGACUCCCUUCACCGUCCUAUUUCUCGAGUAUCAACCGAUAACCCUGACCCAAGAGCACAAGAUCCUGCCCUUGAUCCAUCAAGUCCGCGCUUCCACGUCUACAGGUGGGCGAAAUGGAUGAUAACUUCUAUGGCCGAGGACCAUAUUCCAACGCAGAGAUCCGGUUUCUGUUUCCAGGAUUUGAACGUUUACGGAUCUGGCCCCAGUUUGAACAUUCAAAAAGACGUUUUAUCCAUUUUCAUGGCUCCGGUCAGAAUACACGAGUGGAUCAAUUUCGGCGAUCAGGACCGGAGAUGCAUCCUGCACAACUUCAAUGGUGUAGUAAAGGCAGGAGAGAUGCUCGUCGUGCUAGGCCGACCUGGAAGUGGUUGCUCCACCUUUCUCAAGUCGAUCGCUGGAGAAUUGCAUGGACUCGAGCUUGGUUCUGAAGAUUCUCUCUCCUACGACGGCAAAUCCAUUCACGAUAUGAUGACGAGAUUCAAAGGAGAUGUGUGCUAUAAUCAGGAAGUAGAGAAGCAUUUUCCACACCUUACGGUUGCACAGACUUUGCGAUUUGCCGCUGCUGUCCGGACUCCACGUACACGAUAUAAGAACCUCCCUCGCAAGUACAUGGCAAACUACAUGGCUGACGUUGUGAUGGCCGCUCUCGACCUCACACAUACCCGAGAUACCAAAGUCGGCAAUGAGUUUGUUCGUGGAAUUAGCGGAGGAGAAAGAAAACGUGUAUCGAUUGCAGAAAUGGCUCUUUCUCGUGCACCGAUUGCCGCUUGGGACAACAGCAGCAGAGGACUUGAUAGUUCCACUGCACUGAAAUUUGUUCGCGCCCUGAAGACCGCAUCAGAUCUGUCACAGAUGACACAACUCGUAGCUAUCUACCAGGCCUCCCAAGCCAUUUACGACAUCUUCGACAAAGCUACGGUUCUUUACGAAGGAAGACAGAUAUAUUUCGGGCGUGCAUCCGAGGCCAAACAAUAUUUCAUCGACAUGGGCUGGGAAUGUCCCGCGCGCCAAACCACGGGAGAUUUUUUAACCUCCGUCACCAAUCCCGAUGAGAGGCUUGCACGUCCAGGCUACGACGCCAGAGUUCCACGUACCCCGGAAGAGUUUGAACGCUAUUGGUUGGAGUCCGAGGCUUUCCAAACCUGUCAAAAGGAGAUCGAGGCCUACAAGAAGGCUUUCCCAUCGGAAGGGCCAGCAGUCAAAGAGUUUCAAAAUACCCAUCGAGCAGAACAAGUGCGACAUACGCUACCUAGGAGCCCCUACCUCAUCAGUACAUCCAUGCAGAUCAAAGAAUGCACGAUUCGUGCCUAUCAAAGAAUGGCCGGAGAUAUGACUAGUACAGUCGUACAUUCGUUUGUUCAGAUAAUCAUGGCUCCUAUCAUCGCCUCAAUGUUUUUCAAUUCAUCGAACACUACCGCUGGCCUAUUACCUAAAGGGUCUGUCAUUUUUUUCUCGGUGAUGCUGAACACUUUGAUAAGUGUACUGGACAUAAACCGGCUAUACGAUCUCCGACCAAUUGUAGAAAAGCAAGCAAGCUACGCAUUCUACCAUCCAUUUGCAGAGGGUUUGGCCUCCACAUUAGCCGACAUACCAAUUCGUUUCGUCAGCGCGGCCAUAUUCAACAUCAUUCUCUACUUCAUGACCGGCCUCCGGAGAGAGCCAUCUCAAUUCUUCAUCUUCCUCCUUUUUAAUUACGUCGCCAUGCUCACGAUGACUUUCAUCUUUCGCACGAUCGGCGCAGCAACGAAGCGCAUUUCUCAAGCUCUCGCAAUCGCAGGCGUAAUGCUCUUGGGGCUGAUCAUCUACACCGGAUUUGUCAUUCCUAAGCAUUACAUGCAUCCCUGGUUCAAAUGGAUCAUGUACAUCAAUCCAAUUGCGUAUGCGUUCGAGGCACUGAUGACUAAUGAAGUCCAUGGGAGGAACUAUACUUGUGGAGCUACUAUACCCGCCUACCAGAAUCUCACCGGCGCUACUUUCGUCUGCUCAGUAGCUGGGGCUCUGCCUGGACAAACAUACGUUUCCGGAGACUCCUGGGUGGAAGCAAGUUAUCAGUAUUCGUACUCGCACAUAUGGAGGAACCUGGGAAUCCUCAUUGCUUUUGGAAUCUUCUUCAUGUUUACCUAUCUCUUCGCCACGGAGUUCAAUACCUCUGCUUCCUCUACUGCUGACCUACUGGUCUUCCGGAGCGGUCAUGCUCCGCGGGGAUCCAAACGACGCCAACGCUCCAACGCCUCAGACACCGAGUCAAAUCGCCGUGCUUCUAUAGCGUCGCGGCUAGCAGACGAUAAAGAGAUGGAAGAGUUUGCGAUUGCGCCGCAGAAGGAGGUCUUCACAUGGCGUAACGUAUGCUACGACAUCACGGUCAAGGGCGGAAAACAACGAAGACUGCUUGAUCGUGUAUCCGGUUUCGUUUCUCCAGGCACUCUGACCGUUCUCAUGGGGCCCUCUGGUGCCGGAAAGACUACGUUGCUCGAUGUGCUCGCUCAGCGUACAAGAAUCGGUGUCGUGACUGGCGACAUGUUCGUUAGCGGAAGGCCACUGGAGCCUAGCUUUCAACGUGAGACAGGUUACGUUCAACAACUUGACUUACAUCUCGAAACGACUACUGUCCGCGAGGCUCUCCGUUUCAGCGCUAUGAUGCGGCAACCAAAGACUGUAUCCAAGAAAGAGAAGUACGCCUAUGUCGAAGAAGUUAUCAAGCUUUUGAGAAUGCAGACCUUUGGCGAAGCCGUAGUCGGUAUACCCGGAGAAGGGCUCAACGUAGAACAGCGAAAGCUUUUAACAAUCGGCGUGGAAUUAGCAGCCAAACCUGACCUCCUCUUGUUCCUUGAUGAACCGACAUCCGGAUUGGAUUCCCAAAGUAGUUGGAGUAUUGUCGCCUUCCUUCGGAGACUCGCAGAUCACGGCCAAGCUGUUCUUUGCACCGUUCAUCAGCCAUCAGCAAUUCUGUUCCAGCAAUUCGAGCGCCUCCUACUUCUUGGCAACCAUGGUCAACCCUGCUACUUCGGCCAAAUCGGGCCAAACUCCCGAAUUCUGAUCGACUAUUUCGAGAGGAAUGGUAGCAGACCAUGUGGACCAGCAGAAAAUCCAGCCGAAUACAUGCUUGAGGUUAUUGGGAAUGAGAAUGAAGCUCUAGAAGCUCAAAAUUGGGCAGAGACCUGGAUGAAGAGCCCAGAAAACUCAAGACUUAAUGAAGAAAUUGACCGAAUACACCAGAAGAGCCUUGAUGCGACGCCGGGAGAGAAGUUAAAAGAAGCGGAACAUUCUCACAAGGAUGAAUCUGAAUUCGCUAUGCCAUUUACUUCGCAGCUAUGGGAAGUGUCACUGAGGGUAUUCCAACAAUACUGGAGGACUCCCGACUACAUUUGGAAUAAGCUAGGCCUGGGCACGUUCUCUGCUCUAUUUCUGGGCUUCUCCUUCUACCAAGCUGAUGCCUCACUGCAGGGCUUACAAGAUGUCCUCUACGCCCUUUUCAUGCUCACCGCAACAUUCACAAUAACCGUCCAGCAAAUAAUGCCUCGUUUCGUCACCCAGCGCUCACUCUACGAAGUGCGCGAGCGCCCUUCCAAAGCUUAUUCCUGGAAAGCCUUCCUAAUCGCCAACAUCUUCGUCGAGAUCCCCUACUCCAUCCUCCUAGGCGUACUCGUCUUCGCUAGCAUCUACUACCCCGUCUUCGGCAUCACCUCCUCCGAACGCCAAGGAAUCGUCCUCCUCUACUGCAUCGAACUCUACAUCUACGCCUGCACGUUCGCACACAUGCUGAUAUCGUGGGCCCCGGAUCCCGAAACUGCGGGCCCAGUCGCCAUCAUCCUUUUCGCAAUGUCACUGCUCUUCAACGGCGUCAUGCAGCCACCGUCAUCGCUUCCGGGCUUCUGGAUGUUCAUGUACCGUGUAUCCCCACUCACCUACUGGGUAGGUGGCAUCGCAGCCACAACGCUUCACGGCCGACCAAUCCAGUGCGCGGCGCACGAGGUGGCAAAGUUCUUGCCGCCGAGCGGGCAGAAUUGCGGCGAGUAUAUGGCGCCGUACAUGAAGCUCGCGCCUGGUCGCCUGUUAAACCCGACUUCGAGUGGAGUCUGCGAGUACUGCCCUAUGGCGGUUGCGGAUCAGUUCCUAGCAAAUAGCGAUUUAGAAUGGGGCCAGCGGUGGCGGGACUUCGGGUUGUUGUGGGUGUAUAUUUUGUUUAAUGUGUUCAUGGCUGUAGUGUUGUAUUACGUGUUUCGGGUGAGGAGGUGGUCAAAGGAUGAUGUUUCGGAGGCGUCUAAGGGGAGGGUUGAAGGGUUGAAGAAGCGGUUUAGGCGAACUUAA